CUCCUUCACCCAAAAAGAGCGAGUGACUCAGGUGAGUGACUCACUGAGUCAACUCGUCUCUUUCUCUUUCUCUCUAACCAAAUCAAAACCUUCUCCUCUCUUUACCUGAGACAGCAUUUUCUCUUUCUUUAAUUUAAUUUCCAAAUAUACCCUUUCAUCUUUUCCGAAUACAAAAAAUCAAACGGCCCACAGCCUUCCACGUCAGCAUCGUCUUCUCCACCUCCUCCCUCCUCCUGUCAUCAUCAUCCUCUUUGCCUCUUCCUUUAUUAUCCUUUUCUUUUUAUAUUCUAAUUCUUAUUAUUUAGGGUUUCCUUUAUUUACGCCCACAAAAAAUUACAAUUUUUUCUCUCUUAUGGUCGCAAAAACUUUCUGAUUUCGCCGCCAAAGUUCAGUCUCUCACUUGAAAAGGGUUUUGAAUUGGGAAAUUGAAAAGCUUUGGGUGUGAUUAUGGCUAUUGAGAAGAAUAAUAGCUAUAAGGGUUCUAGGUUUGAUCCAGAGAUUUCUCCCAAUAGUGGGGAGAGUAUGUCUAGUGAUGAUGAUGAUCAUGAUGAGGUUCAGCGUCUAGGCGGAGCUGUUUCCGCUGCUGAAUCUGAUGAUAUUGAUGUUGAGGAUGAUGAGGAGGAUGAUGAAUUUGAUGAUGCGGAUUCCGGGGCUGGAUCUGAUGAUUUUGAUUUGUUAGAGUUAGGAGAAACCGGGGCUGAGUUUUGCCAAAUUGGGAAUUUUACUUGUAGUGUUCCUUUUGAAUUAUAUGAUCUUUCGGGUUUGGAGGAUAUAUUGUCUAUUGAUGUUUGGAAUGAUGUUUUAACUGAAGAUGAGAGGUUUAACCUCACUAAGUAUUUGCCUGAUUUGGAUCAGUUCACGUUUAUGCAGACCCUCAAAGAUCUUUUCGAGGGUCAGAAUUUUCAUUUUGGUAGCCCUAUUAAGAAAUUGUUUGAGAUGUUGAAAGGUGGUUUGUGUGAGCCAAGAGUUGCUCUUUAUCGGGAAGGUUUGAGUUUCUUUCAGAAGCGGAAGCAUUACCAUCUCUUGAGGAGCCAUCAGAAUAACAUGGUUUCUAAUAUAUGUCAGAUAAGGGAUACAUGGUUUAAUUGUAGGGGGUAUAGUAUUGAAGAGAAGCUUAGGGUCUUGAAUAUAAUGAAGAGUCAAAAGAGUUUGAUGAAUGAGAAGAUGGAGGAAGAUUUAGAGAGUGAUUCGUCGGAGAAAGACGAGUUUGGUGAUGAGCCAUGGAGCAAAAGGGUUAAGGAUAGGAAAGGUGCACUGAAAUUGGGCUGUAAUACGGGUUAUGAUGUUGGUGCUAAUUUGGAAUUUCCUUCGCGAAUGCCUUCCAUGGGUUUGGAGGUGUCAAAGUAUGGGAAGCAGAACCAGAAAGGUAUACUGAAGUUGUCUGGAGCAAAACCUCUGUCAGCUAAUGAGGCGACUGGUCAGUUUCCUUCUCUUUACCAUGGAGUGGACAUUAAUUCUCGGCCAUUUCGAGGUUUUCCGGUGCCAGUUUCUCAUCAAAAGGCAAUGGGAUAUGACUCAGGCACAACACUCAGGCAAAGAGAUCAGAUGAGAGAUGAUGAUUACGAUGAUGAUGCUGAAGAUAUGAUAUACGGAAUGAGAAUGGAGCGAGACCGAAAUAUGGCAUACAGCGGUCUGAUGGAAAAAUCCGGGGUUUCAAAAUCAGGAAAGAAGCAUGACCUCUUAAGAAGUGAUGAAUUAGGCACUGACAAUUUUAUGGGCGUUCCUUUCUCUUCAAAGAAUGAUUUGCUUGCCUAUGGGAGGAAUAGGAAUAUGAAUCAGCUGUCCGAAGUGAAACGGUCUGCAGGUAAGCCAUCAAAUCUUCGAACUUCCCAUGAACUUGGCAAAAGGGUCAAGGAGAAUUUUCAUCAAUAUGCUGGUGGAGGUCAGAUGAAAUCACUGAAAGGCAGGACACCACCACGGCUAACUCUGAAGGGUAAUCUGGCUGACAUGUCAGAUCAUGGUGAUCCAAUAUGGCAUGGAAAGAAACAAGCACUUGCUUUCCCUGUAGAUUCCUCUAUGAUACCUGAGGACCGGAAUAUGAGAAGCAAGAAAUGGAAAACAGGGAAAGAGUAUCAUGAUCUCAAUUUUAAAACUUAUGGAUCCGCAUCUCCUCAGGUGAAUGAUAGUACUCUGCUUUCUGAAUUGAGAGCAAAACCACCAAGGGAGAAGAUCAGAGCAAAUUUAGUACAGAAUGGAGGACUGGAUAAAGGAGCAAAGAAAUCAAACAGGAUAUAUGCCAGAAUUGAAGAUACAGAGUCAGACUCAUCUGAGCAUUUUGAUAAUGACGAUGAGGACAUCAAUCCUUUGAUGAGAAGCAAAAGUACUUAUUCUAGUGGUAUGAUGGAGGGUUCUCGUCCAUUGCUAUUGAAAUCUGGCUUUGAUGGUAAAAAGGGAAAAUUUAUUAAGAAAGAAAUGCAAGAGGACACACUGGCUUUUGAUGGAACGAUAGAUUUUUCCAGAAAAGCGGGUGGCUUUAAUGAGCUUGGGGAUAUGCCGGAGUGUUUUUCAAAAUCUAAACAGAAGGGGAAGAUGUGUGACAGCAGUCCAUUGCAUAAUAGGCUUUCGGAAAAAAACUCUCCCUUUAACUUGGCUAAAGCUAAGGAUGAUAAUGACAGGAAGAGAAGUCGCAAAUUAAGCAGGAAUGGCCAGUUGCAAGAAUCUGGUGAAAAUUUGUAUAUAUCCUCAUCGAAGGCCUACCCUUCUGACCGGAAGCUGAGGGAAGUCAGCCAUGGUUAUGCUAUUGAUGAGGAGUACAAUUUGGUUGAAACUUCUCUGUUAAAUGAAAAUGGGCUAGGCAGAUUUGGAAAGAAAGGACAGGGGAGUGAAGCGUAUAUGCAUGAUUUAGGGUCUAAACCAUUGGCGAAGAAACGGAAAGCAAAGGAGGAAUUGAUUGAUUUUGAUGGAAGAGAUGAAGAUGGUAUAAUGCAGUUUAAUAUUAGGCAGCAAGUUGAUGAUUCUAUUUCAUUGAAGAAAAAGGGGAAAAGUAGAUUGGAGGCUGACAUUGGCACCUCAGAAAUGGAACCUCUUGAACCACCCAUUACAGAAAUGGGGACUGCAGACAUGGAUAUCGAAACUAAACCACCACCGAAAAAGCCCUACACUCCGAUUACGCCUACUGUUCACACUGGUUUCUCAUUUUCUGUUAUACAUCUUCUAUCUGCCGUUCGCAUGGCGAUGGUCAGUUCUCUUCCAGAAGAUUCCUUAGAGGUUGGAAAAUCUAGUGAGGAGCAAAAUGGAAAGCCCGAAGGUGAUGCAAACGGUAUUGUUUCUCAUGAGAAUGUUGAUGCCAAUAAAUUAGACGAUGCUGCACAGGUGAAUGUGCCAUCCCUUACCGUACAAGAGAUUGUUAACCGUGUGAGAUCGAACCCUGGGGAUCCUUGUAUUCUUGAGACACAAGAGCCCCUUCAGGAUCUGGUCAGAGGAGUUCUCAGGAUAUUUUUAUCGAAAACAGCACCUUUAGGAGCAAAAGGUUGGAAAACACUGGUGGCGUAUGAGAAAUCUACGAAGAGUUGGUCUUGGAUUGGUCCAGUUUCUUGUACUUCAACAGAUCAUGAGACCAUGGAGGAGGUAACUUCUCCGGAAUAUUGGGGUCUUCCUCAUAAAAUGCUCGUCAAGGUGGUUGAUUCAUUUGCUAAUUGGCUGAAAAGUGGUCAAGAGACUCUUCAACAAAUUGGAAGUCUUCCGGCGCCACCCGUGUCAUUGAUGCAGUGCAAUUUAGACGAGAAAGAAAGAUUCAAGGACUUGAGAGCUCAGAAGAGCCUCAAUACUAUUAGCCCGAGUUCAGAAGAAGUACGGGAUUACUUUCGUAAGGAAGAAGUUCUACGGUAUUCCAUUCCUGACAGAGCAUUCUUAUACACAGCUGCUGAUGGUAAAAAGUCGAUUGUUGCUCCCUUGAGAAGGGGCGGCGGUAAGCCAACUUCAAAAGCUCGAGAUCAUUUCAUGCUGAAGCGGGAUCGACCACCUCAUGUUACGAUUCUGUGUCUUGUGAGAGAUGCAGCAUCCAGAUUACCUGGAAGUAUCGGCACUAGGGCAGAUGUUUGUACCUUGAUAAGAGACUCUCAAUAUAUUGUUGAAGAUGUGUCUGAUGCUCAAGUGAAUCAAGUCGUUAGCGGAGCUUUGGACCGUUUACAUUACGAGCGGGAUCCUUGUGUACAAUUUGACGGGGAAAGAAAAUUAUGGGUUUACUUGCAUAGAGAGAGAGAAGAAGAAGAUUUUGAAGAUGACGGUACUUCAUCUACAAAAAAAUGGAAGAGGCAGAAAAAAGAUCCAGCUGACCAGCCAGAGCAAGGGGCAGUAACUGUGGCGUUCCAUGCUAAUGAUCAAUCUGGAUUUGAUUUGGGCUCUGACCUCAAUGCGGAGCCACCCGCCACUAUCGAUGAUAAAAGAAUCGACCUUGUGUCUCAUGAUGUGAAACAAACUGUAGAGGACAUUCCCGAGACCAGUCAUGCGUCGGACCAAGGGAAUGCACAUCAAAUGGUUUGGGGUGCUCUUAGCUUAGAUCCGAUACGAGAGCAUAGAUUGUUAUGUCAAGAAAAUUCUACUAACGAAGACUUCGAUGAUGAAACGUUGGGCAGAGAGAGACCAAUGGGACUAUUAAGUGCAAGUUUAUCAUGAUAUAUUUUUCAGGCAGAAGGUGGAUUUUAUUAAUCACAAGACCUGGUCCCCGGUCAUUCUUUCCUCCUCUACAGGGUUUUAUGAGAUGGUCAAAUAUAAAUCGAUACACAAUGUAGAAUAGCAAGAGAUGGUGCCAGGCUCCAGACUAUCUUCAUUAUUACCCUAUAUGCUUCUGUAUUAUCUUUUUUUCCUUUUUGGAAUGGAAUAAUCUUCAUUGUUUCCCUUGAAAUGAGUUGAUUUAGCCCCUCUCUGUACAUAUAUUAUAUAUAUUUAGCUAAGUUAAUGGUAACGUAGAAGUCUUGAGCAGCAUUUAUCGCUAUACAUUGUAUAGGUUCUUCAGUUUUGUAUUUGGCAAUGUCGUAAUGUUUGUCCUUUAUUUGAAGGCAUAAUGCAUUUUCGGCUCCUAUUUUUGUUCUGUUUUUA